AUUAGCCCCUUAAACACACUUAGAGUCAGCUAAUUAACCGCGUGAUUUAUUUGUUUUUCUCCAAGAAAAUAACAUGUAUAAGUCAUACGACUUACGAAUUCUGUCAAUAUUCGUGUUGUUAUGUGGAGUGGCGAGGUCUCAACUCACUGUGGAUUUUUAUUCUACGAGUUGUCCCAAUCUGCUGGCUCUUGUCCGAAGAGAGGUAAAGAAUGCAAUAAGGAAUGAAAUGAGAAUGGCCGCUUCUCUCCUUCGACUUCACUUCCACGAUUGCUUCGUUAAUGGUUGUGACGGAUCGGUGUUGUUGGAUGGGAGCGAUGGUGAGAAGUUUGCCGCUCCUAACUUGAACUCGGCAAGAGGAUUUGAAGUCAUUGAUGCGAUCAAAAGUGCAGUGGAGAGUGCAUGCCCCAACAUAGUUUCAUGUGCUGAUAUUCUCACGAUAGCUGCUCGAGACUCGGUGCUCCUGAGUGGAGGACCGUCGUGGAAGGUUUUACUCGGAAGAAGAGACGGAUUAGUGUCGAAUCAAACUGGAGCAAAUUUGUCGCUUCCUUCACCCUUUGAAUCUCUUGAUGCUAUCAUUGCCAAGUUUGCUGCUGUUGGUUUAAACACCACAGAUGUCGUCGCCUUAUCAGGUGGCCACACAAUUGGACUCUCAAGAUGUGCAUUCUUUAGCGACAGAUUGUCCAAUUUUUCGGGCACCGGCGCCCCGGACAGCACUCUGGACAGCAGCCUGAUUCCGGACUUGCAGGCGGCCUGCCCGGCCAACAGCGAUGGGAACAACACGGUCGCUCUCGACGUAACGUCCAGAGACUUAUUUGACAACCAUUACUUUGUAAAUUUGGUUAAUGGGAGGGGCAUUCUGCAGUCUGAUCAGUCUCUAUUUUCCAGUGAUUUAGCACUGUCAACUACCAAGAACAUUGCACAACUCUACAGCAAUAACUCUGCAGUUUUCUUUGGUGACUUUGUGAAUUCCAUGAUCAAGAUGGGGAGUAUUAGCCCCUUAACCGGAUCGAAUGGAGAGAUUAGAAAGAACUGUAGGGUUGUGAAUUCUUGAUUCUUGAAUAGCUCCUUUUCUUGUUAUGUAAUCGUAACUUCACUUGGUUGGACAUGUUAUGUCGUUAGUGUUAUGGGAAAUUUUAGUUCGGACUCGUUUUGAUCCGCCCGCUUAACUAUAUGGGAAGUUAGAUUUUGUGUUUGUCGGUAUGUUUGGAUAUUUUUAAGUUGUAUUUAUUUCUUAGUGUAUGAAAGGUAACAAAAAAAGUUUUCUUAGUA